AUGGCGCGGGGGUGGCGGCAGGGGCUCUCUAAGAUUCAAUCUGUCCUUUCUUUUUUCCCUCUCCUUCCUGACUGCAACCCAGCGUCGGGUUUUCCAACCUGAGAACUAAGAGUCUUCUGCAUCCGGGCCCCGGGCUUCCCGGCGGCGGCGGCGCAGAAUCCAGGCGAUGGGAGUCUGGCGUCUUCCCGGUUUCCCCGGCCGCAGUCUCCGGGCAGGCCCCCUCCCCUGACCCAUCGUGAGACCCCGAGGGCCUCGCAGUGCGCUGCCGCCGCGGUCUCGAGAAGAAAAAGGCCCCGGUGAAAGGCCGCGGGGCGGACGGCGCGGGGUACCCCCGGUCCAAGUUCCAAGAGGAACCGGAGAUAGACCCUGUCCGCUAGGAGAUAAUGCGCCGUGGGGAAGUGGGUGUGGAAAUAAUGCACGCCUACAGGAUUUCGUAGAAGUUUCUCAAGUGUGCUGAUGUCUUGUAAAUUUGGGCAACCAUUCUAGACGGGGUUGUGUUCCCAUUCUGUGAGACUUGGCCUGGUUGCUUCACAGCCCUGAGGUUGCACAGACUUCUUCCUUAAAGGGAGUGACCAUUCUGACUUGGACUUCCCUUACCGAUGUUAUCAUUUGCAGAAAGAAAUGCACUGAUUACCCUUCUGCUGUGUACUCCGCCAGACUUCUGUAUUCAAGAGGAGGGAGGUCAUGCACUUGCCCAAAAGGGUUGGUCCUUUCAGAAGCAGUGGAGAGUUAAACUGUGGUCCUAACACUCUAGUUGUGGCCGGUGGAUAAUUGCUAUUCGGAUUGUUCCCAUUCAUUACCGGUGGUGCAAAGCAAGGAUACACAAUUAUGUCUGGCAUUACUUUUACUUUGAACAAAAUGUUCAAAAUAGGACUAGAAAAUACUGUUCGAUGCGAUUUUUCCCAGACUUUGGGAAACUUUUGGCAUUGUCUAGGAACAUCACAGAAACAAGUAUGUAAUAUAAGGGAAAUUAGUAAUAUGGAGAUAGAAUACUUGAAAUGUGAUGGUGUUACGCAACACAGGCACUGUUAUCAGCACAUUACCAAGCACUGCCACACUAGGAAAACCCUGAAUCAGUUGGAAACGACAUCUUAAUGACUGCUUUUCAUGCACGUGAAACAAAAAGGAGAGAACUUACAGACUAUGUUGCAGAUUGUGCACUAAGUGUGUCCUAACCUGCUCCAGGAAACAGUUGCAAAAGAGCUAAAGUUUUGUAUGUAUUUUCACUGUGAAGUUGCCUAAAUUGACAAUCCAAAAUUCGUUUUCACAGAAAGAAGUGAAAAGCCUAUAAAGAAUACUCCUGUCUUUCAAGCCUGCCUUGGGCUCUAUGUUAAUUAAGAAGUCCUUCUGAGUAGUAAGUUUGCCUUCCUGUUAGGGUUACCUGAGAGAGAGGUAUCAUGAACUUCAUGUCUGAGUUGUGCUUCAUGUGAAAAAGUAAGGAAGUAUUGCAAACAAUUUCAUGUUACAUGCUGUUCACUACCAUUGAAGUGGACCUGUGCAGUUCCUGUAUGGAAAGUGGUCUGGGUUAGGGACCUGCUUCUCUCCGGACUAGCAGGAAAAACCUCAACAAAAAACCAAAAAGCAUGAUUACAAGUUUGGAUCUUAAUAAUGGUAGAAUUCUGAUAUACAAAAGCAGAGGACCAACCAACUUUUUAAAUACUAAUCAGAGAAAUUACUGUUAGCAAAGUUUUAAGAAAAAGCAAAGCCUCAGACCUACCAUUCUGUUGGUGGUUUUACCAUCUGCUAAUUAAUAUAAUCAUUAUAUCUAUAUAUGUGGACUGUUUUCUAAAAGUGUAUUGGGUAAACCCUCAUGAACUCAGUGCUUUGUUUACAGAGUGGCAAGCCAUGGUCUCACCCAAUUUGGAUUCUGGUUUUCCUCAAAAGACUUAACAGCUAAUGUUUGAUAGCCACCUGAAGUAGCCAAUACUACUACAUAAAGUAUGUAGAUAAAAGACUACUGGUUUUGAACCAGUUUUUUUCAGACAGACUUGUAUAUUUGGAGUUUCCGCACCAAAACGAGGACUUCAGAUGUUAGUAAAAUUGUUUUACCACUCUCCUAAUUAUACAUCCCUGUGACAUUCAGUUUCUCAGCUUAUUUCUUUAGGCAGGAUACAAAACUAAAGAAUUCAACAUCCCUUUUCUUUCUAAUUAUACCAGCAGUGAGACUGAAUAUAGUUGUGGUAUAUAACAGUUUAAUUUUCAGGUAAAAAGUUUUCCUGAAAAUCAGAUUUUGCUCUAGGGCUCAAUUCCUUUUUAGGAAAUGCUUUUAUUUUCAAGGUAAUGUUGAAAUGUGUGACCUAUAUUGUUAUCUUUAUGAUUUCUCACCUUUUUUUUAUCAAACAGGAAUGAAAAAAAUGUGCAGUAUAAUUUUCUGACUGUGUUAACUGAAUUCAUGUCCUUAGCCUCCAGUUUGCCAGUAUUAAUGACAGCAAUACUAUUACUACAGUUUCAAAUUGCGUUCCUGUAUUUUAUAUUAUUGUAAACUGUUUAAAUUGUAUCCAAAACGUGGAUAUUUUAAACAAGCUGUACUACUGAAUUUACAGUGUGGUCUCUAAGGUGUAUUACAUAGAUAUAUUAGAAAAUAAAUAUUACCUAAAUGAAUUUAUGAAGUAAAAAAUGCACACAUUAAAAACUUGUCUUUGUGUUACACCAUUUCUGCACAUACUUACAAUUAGUGUUUUGCCAAGCUCUGUGUGCCUCUUCUUGAUGUUAUGAUAAAAGUGCUCAUCUAAUGCUCUAAAAAGUGAAGGCACUGCUUUUCCUCAGUCUCUGAACUCUCUUGACAGGAUGUAGAUAAAAAUAUUUAUUUUAAAUAAAAUGGUUCACUUUGACUUGAAUUUAUAGGUUAAAUAAUAUCUCAAAAUAAUUAUACAGACAAAGAUAGGUAUAACGUAGUUCAUCUAUUAACUGCUCUCCAUUAUGAUUAUGAUAAAUAGAUUCCUCAAUUUUAGGUAUGCUUAAAUGAAAUUGUAAUUUUUUUCAUUUUGGGUCAUUGUAUACAGGUAUUCAGUUUUAGUGUUUGGCAGGGAUGAUUAGUUUUACACUGAUAGCACACAGAAUGUAUACUUUUAGAGUGAGAUAUUAAGUGGAUUAAGAUAUAAAGUUGAACAAGCAGACCAGGAAUCCAAGAACUGGAUUCCAGCCUGACUCUGUGACCUUGGGCAGUUCACUCUGCUCUGUUUUCUCAGAUUGAAAGGCUCAAACAGUGGGACUUCUGGGCCUCGCCCAGCCCUUUCAUUCUCUACAUGUUCUAAAUAACUGAAGUAGUUAUUUAGAAUAGAACUCUUCUUACAAAGAUAAAAUGCUAUACUGCUUUCUUGAAUGGCACAAUAAAUAUUUAUCUUUGUCUUGAUGUUUCGAUGUCAUUUUAAACACCAGUAUUGGGCUUUAGUACUCUCUGGUAGCCAAACAGUUCAUUGAGGAAAACAGGACUGUAUGCUCAUUUUUUGUUAUAACUCCAGACUGUGGUGUUUUUUGAUCUUUUGUCUGUUUUAUUUGUCCUUUUAUCAGGGUUAAAGUAUUUUUGCAGUCAGAUGUCAUGACCUCUGUCUGAGCCCUCCCCAUCCCAAUGUGCUUCUUUUUAAUUUCUAUGGUUUAGGAACCAAAUAUCCAAUCAUUAGAAUUGCACGUAAUGUUAAACUGGAUAUUUAGGAACAGUGAUGAUCUAUUCUUUGAGCUUUAGUAUAUAACAAUUUAUCUCUAUGUUCAGAGGCCCUUUUUUUUAGUUCAUUAUUAUUUUGGAUUUCUAAAUGUAUGUCCUGAAUAUAAGUGACAAGUUAGUAUGUGUUGUGAAAUUAUCAUUGUAUCAACAAGUAUUUAAUGUGCACCUACCGUGCUAGUUGAAUGUCAUUAUGUUGGUAGGAGGCAUACUUCCAAAUCUGUUUUGAAUGGAGAGGAGAAAAACACGUAAGUCUAAAUCAUUUGGGUUUUUGAUGGAUGUCUUUAAAAAUGCUGAAUCUAAUCACUGGUUUUGAAUGUCAUUGUUUAGGUAUCUCUGGAGCAUUUGGAUAAUGAAACAGUUGGUAUGCAGUGAUGUCCACACUCUGUCCACCACCAUCUCCAGCAGUUGCCAAGACAGAGAUUGCUUUAAGUGGUGAAUCGCCUUUAUUAGCCGCUACCUUUGCUUACUGGGACAACAUUCUUGGUCCUAGAGUGAGGCACAUUUGGGCUCCAAAAACAGAACAGGUCCUACUCAGCGAUGGAGAAAUAACUUUUCUUGCUAACCACACCUUAAAUGGGGAAAUCCUUCGAAAUGCAGAGAGCGGGGCUAUAGAUGUAAAGUUUUUUGUCUUGUCAGAAAAAGGAGUAAUUAUUGUUUCACUAAUCUUCGAUGGAAACUGGAAUGGUGAUAGGAGUACAUAUGGACUAUCAAUUAUACUUCCACAGACAGAACUUAGCUUCUACCUCCCACUUCACAGAGUGUGUGUUGACAGAUUAACACACAUUAUCCGGAAAGGAAGGAUAUGGAUGCAUAAGGAAAGGCAAGAAAAUGUCCAGAAGAUUGUUUUAGAAGGCACAGAGAGAAUGGAAGAUCAGGGUCAGAGCAUUAUUCCGAUGCUUACUGGUGAAGUAAUUCCUGUAAUGGAACUGCUUUCAUCUAUGAAAUCACACAGUGUUCCUGAAGAAAUAGAUAUAACUGAUACAGUACUCAAUGAUGAUGAUAUUGGUGACAGUUGUCAUGAAGGCUUCCUUCUCAAUGCCAUUAGCUCACACCUGCAAACCUGUGGCUGUUCUGUAGUAGUAGGUAGCAGUGCAGAGAAAGUAAAUAAGAUAGUGAAAACGUUAUGCCUUUUUCUGACUCCAGCAGAGAGAAAAUGCUCCAGAUUAUGUGAAGCUGAAUCUUCAUUUAAAUAUGAGUCAGGACUCUUUGUACAAGGUCUACUAAAGGAUUCAACUGGAAGCUUUGUGCUGCCCUUCCGACAAGUCAUGUAUGCUCCUUAUCCCACCACACACAUAGAUGUGGAUGUCAAUACUGUCAAGCAGAUGCCCCCCUGUCAUGAACAUAUUUAUAAUCAGCGUAGAUACAUGAGAUCAGAACUGACAGCCUUCUGGAGGGCCACUUCAGAAGAAGACAUGGCUCAGGAUACAAUCAUCUACACAGAUGAAAGUUUCACUCCUGAUUUGAAUGUUUUUCAAGAUGUCUUGCACAGAGACACUCUAGUAAAAGCCUUUCUGGAUCAGGUCUUUCAUUUGAAACCAGGUUUAUCUCUCAGGAGUACUUUUCUUGCACAGUUUCUGCUUGUCCUUCACAGAAAAGCCUUGACACUAAUAAAAUAUAUAGAAGAUGAUACGCAGAAGGGUAAAAAGCCCUUUAAAUCUCUUCGGAACCUGAAAACAGACCUUGAUUUAGCAGCAGAGGGCGAUCUUAACAUAAUAAUGGCUCUAGCUGAAAAAAUUAAACCAGGCCUACACUCAUUUAUCUUUGGAAGGCCUUUCUACACUAGUGUACAAGAAAGAGAUGUUCUAAUGACCUUUUAAAUGUGUAACUUAUGUGUAGUUCAUCACAAUCAUAAUUGCUACCAAAGCAGUUCAGUGGUGUGAGAAACAUUCUCUCUGGUCAUGCCUCAGAGUCCUACUCAGCAAUUGUAGUUAAGAUUAAUUUCACUACAGUUGUCACAAGACUGUAAGGGAAUGUCAGGGGCAUCAUUAAAAUGAUUGCCUCUUUUCCUAGAUGUACUCUCUCGGGAUACAGACAUGUUUACAAUUAUAAUAAAUGUUACUGCUAUAUUUUAAAGAUAGAAUGACAAUAGGAUAUAAACUUGACCACAACUACUGUUUUUUUGAAACUUAUGAUUCAUGGUUUACAUAUGAAAGUGACAUCUUGAGUUAGGUUUCACAGAUAUAAUACUAGCUGACUUUCCAUCUUUUAGUGUUCUUUUUUGUCUGAUAGUUUUGCAAUCAACUGAAAAUUAGAGCAUCUGAAUCAUUUUCAGUUCCACAGAAAGGAAGUUAGCAUGAAAUUGGGUUAAACUUUAGAAAGAAAGUAGUGAUCAAGCAGAGGUUUACUCAAAAUUAAUUAUUAGAUCUUACUUUGUAGACUUAGUCCUAAGGAUUCAGUCCAUGUAGAAAUGUCAGUCAGUAUGGACAGUCCCCUGAUGAUGGUGAACAUCAUUCAGAGUGUUUUUUUUUAUAGUUGUUGUUGUUAAUUAUCUUAUAUAGUUGAACUCUGUCCAAGAAGAUAUAGGAAAUUGGACUUUGUGUUUUAGUUGUUGCCUACUUUUUAAAUUAAAUUAAUUUUUAUUACUUUUGAGCCAAAUUGAAAUGUUUACCUCCUGUGCCUUUUUUUCCCUUGGAAAAUGUAAUUACUUAGAAGAAGUUCAGCUUUCACUGGUCAGGUAUUUUCAUCUAAAACAAGAGGAAAACACCUCUUUCAUAAUCUUACCCUGUAACUGAUUUGGCAUUUGUUCUAAAUCCAAUAUUAUAAAAUAUAAAAUGUAAUACAGAAUACAAUAACUAGUAAGAUCUUUUUUCAGAAACAGAGAACAGUUUCUUGUCAUCUUCCUUAAGUUUCUGCCCAUAUUUUUGAAGUUGUUUGCAUGUCUCUUUGCCCACAUCAUGAGGAAUAGCAGGAGAAGCUUUGCUGAAGUGGUACUUUACUAGGUGCCACUUUGGCAGAACUAAGUACUCUGCUUCUUUUGUUUCCUUAAUAUGUUUGGACCAUUUUGCUAGCUAUAAAAUAACUGAUGAACAUAAUUCUGUGCUAGAACAGUAAUGAUGUACUGUACACAAACACAGAUUAAUAUUUUUAUUUGAAAUUGUGGAAGUAAUAGAGGGAAAAAAUGUAAGAAAUGGAUAAAAGUUAUAGAGUUGCGUGUCGUUGCCCACCAAAUUUAACCAAAAAGAACACAUUCUAUCCUGAGAGGUCAUAGUAACUUUCCCAUCGCUAGUAACAAAGGUGUAGAUGUCUUGAUGUUUAGACAUAUACUGAAGUAGAUAACUGAUGCGCAAUAGCUCAAAGUCAUGAAAAAAUUAUAGAGACCAUCUUGCAGGGUAUCAAUUUACUCAAGACUUUAUAUACAAUAGAUUGUUAUUUAAGUGCUGACUAAAUCAUUUUCUUUUGUUGGUUUUAUUCUACUGUUCACAGAAUGCAAAUUGUACAGUGAAAUAAGUUAUUAAAGCAUGUGUAAACAUUCUUAUAUAUCAUUUCUCCUA